AUGGACUUGAAUUCCUCUGUCUCUUGGGCGGGGGAUAUGUCAGAUAACACAUUCGGACCUACCAGUCACUCCAGACAGUUCGACUUCACUCUCACCUUCGAGCAAUCGAUCCUGUCCAUCAUUCCUUCAGCGGUCCUGCUCCUGGUUGGACCACUCCGACUGCUGUAUCUGUCUCGGUGUCAGUCGAAGACCAGUUCUGAGCAUAAGCACUACCUGUUGAAGCUGGUCGCAGCCUCGAUAAAUCUGGCCCUACAAAUAUCCCUUCUCGCUCUAUGGACCGUAUCACCUUCCGCGCGGACUUCAACGAGCACCCCGUCCGCGGCCAUGGGCCUCGCGAAUGCGGUGAUCAUCAUUGGACUUUCCUAUGUCGAAGACAGAAAAUCAACCAGGCCCUCGGCGCUACUGACCGUCUAUCUGCUGCUCUCGAUCCUGUUCGAUGCGACACAGGUUCGAACAUUAUGGCUUACCCAUCGAACCCCCAUUGCAGCGGUUCAGAGUUCGAUCAUCGGGACGAAAAUAGUGAUGCUAUCAUUAGAGUCCCGAGGCAAAACGUCGUAUCUACAAUCUCCCUACAAGGAGUAUCCACCAGAGGCGACCAGUGGCAUUGUAAAUCUGAGCUUCGUCUGGUGGUUGAAUAGACUCUUUGCGACUGGCUAUCGAAAGCUAAUCGGGAGCCGGGAUCUCUUUGAUCUUGAUCCUGGCCUCGCAUCAGCUACUGCAGGUGAACGAUUGAAACGCGUGUGGAAAAAGCAUGGCAUCUCUCAAGACAAGCGCUCCUUGCCUUGGGCCUUUAUCCGAUGUUUCUGGUGGGAGUUUCUUACGGUGGUAUUUCCUCGACCGUGCAUGAUUGGGUUCAGCUUUGCCCAACCUUUUUUGAUCUCCGCGGCUAUAAAUUUUGUCGAGAAACCGACAACCCCCGAGACGCGAAGCAAUGGAUAUGGCCUUAUCGGGGCUGCGCUCCUGAUUUACCUUGGACUAGCGUUGUCCAACGUUCACUACAGGCAACAGUUCUCUCGGGUGACAACGCUAUUCCGUGGUGCCAUGAUUUUUUUGAUCCAUGACAGGACCUUGACGCUUCAGGAUGGCUUACACACGGAGAGUGCCGCUCUGACAUUAAUGAGUACCGACAUUGACGGAAUCAUUGAACAUUUGGAGAACUUUAAUGACGCGUGGGCGCGCACAAUCGAAGUGGCCAUAGGUACCUGGCUACUUGAGCGCCAACUCGGUGCCACUUGUGUGGUACCACUUAUCCUCACUAUCGCAUGUCUGGGCGGACAGAAACUGGUAGCAAGGACAAUUGGGGAAAAUCAGCAGAACUGGAAUCUUGAGAUCCAGACGAGAGUCAAGAACACAUCCUCCGUGCUAGGGUCAAUGAAAGCAGCCAAGAUAUCUGGCCUUUCCAACGCAUUGGCCCAGAGCCUCCAAAGGCAACGAGAACAAGAGCUCUUUGUGUCUCGCGCCUUUUUCAAAGGUAUCAUGUGGUUAAAUGGUCUAGCAAGUGUACCCCGAAUAUGGUCGCCUGUUAUCACGUUCAUUGUCUAUGCAAUCCAGGUACAGAUUAAAUCGGAGUCACUUACCACCAUCAAGGCCUUUACGGCUUUGAGCAUUAUCACCCUCGUCACUACGCCCGCUGAGCGACUGUUGGCCGUUUUACCCCAGCUGGCGGCAGCAAUGGGAUGCUUCAGCCGGAUACACGAAUACAUGGUCUCUACGCCAGCAAAAGAUAACCGUAUUGGAGGUGAAGGAUCUGAAUCGUUCGAUUUGGAAACUGGACCAUCUUUUGAAGAAAAGAAGACGCUGCCGCGGAUGCUAGUCACAGAAUACGACGAGCCGGAAGCCGCCAUCACACUGAACAAAGUUACCGCCCUACCUUCCCAAACAGCCUCAUAUCCUGCACUGACUGAUGUAUCCUUUACGACCAAGACUGGGUCCCUGUUGGUUGUCACUGGCCCUGUCGGCUCAGGUAAAACAACCUUACUCAAAGCAAUCCUGGGAGAGCUUGACUGUCAAUCAGGGAUUGUAUAUGUCAGAUCCAGGAGGAUAUCCUAUUGCAGCCAGAAUCCGUGGUUGCUGAAUACGACAAUCAAGAAGACAGUCACUGGUAUCUCCGAUGACGAGGUUGACGGAAAGUGGUAUAAGACCGCCCUAUAUUCAUGCGACUUAGAUGAGGAUAUCCAUUCUUGGCCUGAGGGGGACCAAAGUGAAGUUGGAAGCAGAGGACUAACUCUGUCGGGUGGCCAGAAACAGCGACUGGCACUGGCUCGUGCAGUCUAUAGUCGCCAAGAUAUAGCUUUACUCGAUGAUGUAUUGAGCGCCUUGGACGUUCGGACCCAAGAUAUAGUAAUCCAGCGACUUUUUGCGAGUGAUGGGAUAUUUCGCCAGCUAGGAACAACUGUGAUUCUAGUCACGCACAAUGCUCGACUGCUUCAUGCUGCAGACAGUGUGAUCUCGCUGGGUACAGACGGGCGAGUUCAGCUCGAAAAAAGGACUGGAGAUGACAUUGGAUACGCAGGCUUCUUUCAAGAUACUCAAAGCUCGGGCAAAGGAGAGCAAGACGACCCUAAUGACGAAGUCCAGGAUCAGGCAACCACCUCGCCAGCAUGCGCCCCUAACCUCAUAAAUGAUAUCGAAGAUCUCGAUCGAUCGAGGCAGAUGGGAGAUUUGUCUGUGUACUCUUACUAUGCGCAAACAGCUGGUCCAGUCAUCAUCACUUCAUUCCUUGUCGCCCACGCUGUUUUAGCUUUCGCUGAGAAUUUUCCUCAAGUGUGGUUAAGCAUGUGGACCAAGGCAGGGGGCAGACACCUUCCACUCUACUUAUCUGUUUAUGUGGCUUUGGCACUCGCGGCAUCCGCUCUUACUAUUAUCUGCAUCUGGCUCGUAUUUCUUAAACUGAUGCCGAAAUCUGCCAUUUCUUUACACUGGCGCCUUCUGGAUGCUGUCAUUCAAGCACCGCUCUCCUUCUUCGCUUCUACAGAUAGCGGUGUGACCCUCAACCGCUUCAGCCAAGAUAUGACCUUGGUUGACCUGGCUUUGCCUAUUGCGCUGAUGUCUACGAGUGAAGCAUUUUUCAGCUGCCUCGCCACUGUUGGCUUAAUCGCGACGGGAUCUGCGUUUAUGGCUGUGACCAUCCCAUUUACCCUGGUUACACUGUACCUGCUACAGAAGAUAUAUCUGAAAACAAGUCGACAAUUACGGUUUCUUGAUCUGGAGUCGCGAAGCCCCCUGUAUUCCCACUUCACCGAAAUACUCGAAGGGCUUCCCACAAUCCGGGCUUUUGGCUGGCAGGCGGCCUCAACCAAGGUUCUGAUCAGGUACCUCGACCAGUCACAGAAGCCGUACUAUAUGCUACUCUGCGCUCAGAGGUGGUUGAAUCUGGUUUUGGAUAUUGUGGUCAUGGCGUUAGCAACUAUUGUGGUUGCAUUGGCUGUUAAGCUUCGCGGUAGCACAAACGCUGGCCUUCUUGGUGUGGCCUUGAACAACAUCCUGGGAUUUAACCAAUCACUAUCCUACCUUAUCACAUCGUGGACCACGAUUGAAACUUCCCUCGGUGCGAUAGCUCGUGUCAAAUCUUUUGUCGAGUCUACUCCGUCUGAAAUCCCGCCACACGGAAGCUCAGACCCACCGGUGGGGUGGCCGACAAAGGGGGAGAUCAGUAUCCAGGAUCUCUGUCUGAGUUAUCGCGAUGGGGCCUUGGUCUUGGACAAUAUUUCAAUGCUGAUAUCUCCAGGUGCAAAGAUUGGAAUCUGCGGUCGGACUGGAAGUGGCAAAAGCUCUCUCAUACUCGCUCUACUCCGUCUUAUUCAUCCAACACAAGGCAAGAUUAUCACCGACGGCAUCGAUACGGCAACCAUGUCUCCGCCCGCCGUGCGUGACGGGCUCAUAGCCGUUCCGCAAGACCCAUUCACGCUACUAGGCUCAGUCCGAUACAACGCAGAUAUUAUGAGCGCGUCUAAUGAUGAGGAAAUAAUUGCUGUGCUGAAGCAGGUGGGUGUGUGGGAGGCGAUUCAAGCGCGCGGAGGUCUCGAUGCCAUCCUCGAGGACCAUCCGUUAUCACAAGGAGAGCAGCAGCUGUUUUGUCUGGCACGGGCCAUCAUCAAGAAGCGGACCACCAAACAUGGAUGCCAAGUGUUGAUAUUGGAUGAGGCCACGAGCAGUAUGGAUGCGGAAACGGACCGACAAACUCAGAAGGUUUUGAGAGAGGUGUUUCACGAUUGCACGGUGGUUAGUGUGGCUCAUAAGCUGGAUACAAUAAUCGAUUUUGAUCGCAUCGCGGUCCUGGAGGAUGGACAUCUAGUCGAGUUUGAUACGCCGGACAAACUUCUUGCACGGGAGGGUGGUUUAUUCCGUCGGAUGUAUUAUGCCACAGACAUCAUAGCGUAA